AUGAACUCGCCCUUCGGGUCCACCUGCCCCUACCCACUGACCGUACCCCCCGUGCUGAGCCACGAUAUGGACGAGCUGCAUCAGAUGUACACUGACUUGAUACUGGGAAUGGAGCUGGCCGUCCCGGGAACAGGACCCGACACCUGGGUGACACUCAGCCGGAGCAGGUACGACCUCAUCAAAGGUCUUUUCCCUGUCGAAUGGAGCCUGGGCGUGGCCAAGAUUGGCGGAGGCCACUACCAAUAUCCACACGAUGUAGAUGAUGUGGAAAGGGCCUUCCUGUUUGCUCGAGAGGCCAUAGUGAAGGAACGGCCGGGGGUGAUCGUCCUGGGCCCUCUGACAGAGGAAGGAGACGUUCUGGCCAAUUGCGAGUACAGCAACUUCGUCGAGAUGCUCAUUCAGUCCGCUCGAGAGGCACGGCCGGAGACCAGAGUUGUGUGGGACGAGACUUUGGGUGGCUUCGGCCGUAUAGCAGGGGCCCGGCCGCAGCUGUGGUCGACCGAGUUCUUCCUCAAGGCCAUCACGCCCGAUGCCACUAUAAUACCCUCUGUGUACGGUCUUGACGCUGCUCUGGUCGGCUGUGUGGUUAACCAAGAGGGUAGCGCCGAUAAUGAAGGAGCCCUCAACGACGAUGACGAGUUGCCGUCGGUUAUUGAUCUCAACCGAGAGGUAAAUGGCCUCAGAGAUUUGGUUACCAGCGGCCUCAGCCUCCCCACAGCCUCGGCCUACAUUGGUAGCUACAUAUAUAACAAACUCUGGAACGAGCUCAUAGGACGAUCUCGAGUUGUUGUUGAUGUUCAUCACCGCGGCUGCUGGAUCGCCAUAGAGGUCCUACAUGACGAGCUAAGGUCCGACAAAUUGCCGGCGUGUACGAGGCUGAUCAGUAGAUCAGAUCAUGAUGUUCUCCUUGUGUGCCCACCCUUUGCAUACGAGGAUCCUCAAACAGCUCUGCCUCAUGCUGAUGAGCUCGUACAGUGCAUGCUUGACCUGUUCCUCCAUACAGAGUGA